AUGGACUCUUUAUCUAGGGCUAGACGUGCGCAUAAAAUAUUAUCUACCAGUGGUACUCAUGCAUAUGAGGCACCUGGCGCCGGUGACCAACGUGGCCCCUGUCCUGGUUUGAAUGCUUUAGCAAAUAAUGGUUAUAUAAAUCGAAAUGGAAUUACCAGUCCCACACAAGUUAUAACCGCCUCUAAGACCAUUGGGAUUGCAGAUGAUGUCAGCGCUGUGCUGGCUGCACUUUGUGUAAUAGCUGGCAAUGGAGUGACAUGUUCAAUUGGCAAUUCAUCGGGACUGGGAGGGUAUGGUUUAAAUAAACAUAAUUUUUUUGAAGGAGAUACAUCAUAUAAAAGUUGUGACUGUAAAUUGUGUCCCACACAUCCUGGAUGUGAUAAUUAUCAUUUUAAUAAUAAAGCAUGGACCACGACCUAUAAUGCUGCUCAAUUAAAUGGGGGUCUUUUUGGUAUACCAACAUUUAAAAUAUCUGCUAAACAACGAUAUGAUGAGUGUGUCGCAAACAAUACAAGAUGUGUAUUUGGACCCGCACAAUUUAUUUUUCAUUACGGUACUCCUUGCCUAUUCGCUUACAUAUUUCCUGGUGAUGCUGGCGUGGCCAGUGAGGCUAUUGAAAAUACCUGGAUCGGUAUUUCUUAUAGUGGUGGUCAACGGGUAGGUAAGACUGGAGGUGAACAAAUCCCCGACAACUGGGUUCCCCUUCAAUCACCUUAUACUGUACCUGAGCUUGCUGAAUGUAUUCUUGACCUUUAUACAGCUAAUCCUGUUGCACUUGGCGCCAACGUGGGUGCCGGGUUUGUUCUUAGUCCUAGUGAGCAACAGCUACCGUCUAAUCCAGAUGUGAAUGAUAUUCUUUGUUUUAUCUAUGCAGCCAUAUUUUCAAGUGCACCAACCGCAAGUUUACUUGCCGUAGCCAGGUAUCUAGAUCCAAUAUUUACUGUAUCGCCAUGGUUUUGUCCGAUUUUUAGUACUGGACGUUAA